UGGCGCAAACAUCUCGUUAGGGGCACGCAAAUUUGGCCAAUUUCUUACUCCAAUUUCAAAACAUAAAUAACAUUCCCGUGUUUAGCGGCAAUUAGUGGCAAAGUCCAAACGGACACUAGGCAAAACAGUCGGCUGGAGACAGCGAAAAAGCAGUCGCACUUAAUUAGUCUAAUUGAAACAUUGGCAUUCUGGCACGUAGCCAGGCCAGCAGCCCUACGAAGGGAUAAAGUGCGGCAAUCGAUACUUGUUUCCGGGCUUCCUACGUAACACUGUGUACUUUUCCUAUCGAUUUACAGCUUCAUUUAUUAGACUGUAAUAUUCCAUCGAUAAGAUUAUGCUGGCCGGGAACACAUACAAGUGUGCACAUUGCAUUGAAUUGCCGUUUAAUUGGCGAUUGAUCGAAUGGAACCCGCUGUGUUUGGAGGACAAUUUAGGUCCGAAACCGCACAGGAAAAAAUUAAAUUAUAUUAUUUAAUGGGGUGACCCAUUGAAAGUAAAGUAAGUCAACAAUCGCCGGUGGGACACCCAGUAUAUGUAUGUUCACAAUAUAGUUAGUAACUCUGAAGAUGUGAGCCACUCGCGUUAGAGAAAUACCAGUCUGGAAAAAUCAACACAGACACUCUUUAGGGGCCCUUUCGCCAGGGCAGGCGCACUGAAAAUGCCUGCCUGCAGGACCAUAUGAUUGUCUCGGAAAAUCGAUUUCGCGGCCAGUGAACUGCAGUAAAAUCACAACAAUAAUGCAGCCCUAAUUUUGGCCGGCACAGAUUUCCUUAGAAUGAUCGAUUCGGGAAAGUGGAGCGAGUUUCCCGUGAGGAUUGCGGCCUAAGCAUGUCCUGCAAGUCGAACGGGAUCAAGCUGACCAAGUGCGAUUCGCAGCAAUGGAAAACAGCCACCAUUCUCGAGCCUCCCUCUGUGAAAUUUGCAGGCGAAGAGGCCAAAGAUCGACUGUACGAGCCGAAACACAAGAAAAAAAUCGUGCGCGUUUUAACAGUGGUGGCCUAUGUGUUUUUCGUGUCUUUGGCCGCAAUCAUGCUCUCGAUGUAUUACGUUUUUCUGUGGAACGGCACUCAAAGAGUGGCGGCCAAACUGGUUGCAAAACAGCAAAAUUUCUCGGGCAAUAAAUGCGAAAUAGUUUUAGCAGAAAUUCAAAGGCAAAUUCGACUAAUGGAGAGCAUGAGAACGACAACAACGACAACUACAACAACAGAACGUCCAACAUCCCCCAUCCCGGAUAUGAACUUAAAAUGGAAGGAUGAGGAUUUUAGCGACUUGGAAGACACGCGAAAGAACAGCUUCUUUUUGAAUAAACUACUCAAAGAAUAUCCCUAUCCCAGCUUAGACUAAGCGUAAUUAAAAAUUAGUGUGCUAGACUGUAUUAGGAACCAUUACUAAGAAGUAAUAGUGGCUAUUUUAUUGAUCUUAGAGGCGCAGAACUUUGCUAAUGUGCCGUUGUGCUGAAAUAGAAACUGAGAAAAAAAUUCAAAAACACCUGGGUUGAUGCCAAAGAACUACGCUCAGUAUUAUGUGUUCAAA